GGGACUGAUCGUCGUUACAACGGACGGCAAGUCAAUCAUUCACCCUGUCACAGUGUAAUAUUUAAAACAUGUACCACAAAGAGAAAAGCAUACAGAUCAAAAAUAGUGCGUCUGCACUGUUUAACAACCUCAGCGUGUUGCGCAUCGCCCCUCGAAGCCUCACGUACUUCGCGGUGGUCCAUGCUAAUGUGGUCAACAUGGUCAGUGCUUCGUGGGACGGCCUGAACUACUCUCACCGUCAGCUGCAGUCCAAGGAGCCUAACGUGGCCACCAGCACCUCACUCAUCAUGCAGGCAGCUUGGUGUGUGCUACCCACCCGUGAUCUCCUGGUGCUGACUUCUCAGAAGGGUAUCCAGAUGUAUGAGGCUGACGGUUCUAUUAUGGUGUAUUGGCAUGCACUGGAUACCCCAGAAGCCCCUACAGCUCAGGCCAUUUUUGCCAGAGGGAUUUCAGCAGUGAGAGAGAAAUACAUAUGUGUAGGUGUGUCAUCUGGUGCAAUACUGGUGUUUGACAUUCCCAGCAAAGGCAGUAAUAUCACCUUGUCUGAAGUCCUAGAAGAACACAGGGAGGCCAUCACUGACAUUGCCUCAGAAUGCUCUGGAAGCUUGGAGUGCAUAGCAGACUUGGUCAGUGCCGAUGAUGCUGGCAGCCUAUGUGUGUGGAAGUCAGGGGAGGAAUUUCAACUGCUCAACAAGAUCCUUGGCUUUGAUAUGAGUUGUUCGACAGUCAAGCUGUGGAAAGGUACAGUAGUAGCAGGAUACGGCACAGGCCAGAUCCGUAUUUAUGAGGCUGUGACGGGAAUUCUGCAUGCUGAGGUCAAUGCCCAUGCUCGUUGGAUUUACUCCCUGGACAUUGCCCCCUUUUCUGGAUUGCUUGUCUCUGCUGCUGAGGACUCUCUAGUGAGAGUGUGGCACCUGACUCUGACCCCAGAGACCAACAGUGUUGAGAUUGCCCACAUGUACAAUGAGUGUGUGACAGACACUCAGAUCUGCGGGGCCAAGUUCUGUGAUGGGGAUGGCUAUGCAUUUGCUGUGACGGGCUAUGACCUGAGUGAGAUUAUCCGUUACACACAGACAUAGCGCAUUACCUUCAUGGACUCUAAUGUCUUGUCAGAUAUCUUGAUAUGUUUGAGAUUGACACGUAAAAUGUGUGAUUCUGCAUUUAUCUCUGGCCAGUGAAUGAUUUGAUGCAGACAAAACAAAAUUGAUGCAGAGAAAUCAAAGGGGCCAAAAUGGCUGUCUAUUUGGGUUAGCAUCCUACUCAUACUGUACAACAACAGGGUUUAAACACAAGUGUUAGCUUUUGAGAGAACUAACAUUUCAUGACAUUUCUGUGGUUAUGUCUACAAAGGUUAGAAGCAGAUGAGUGUCUGUUUUUGCUUGUUUUUUUUUGUCUGUUAUUGGCAUAUGUGGGAGAACAGUUCAUAAGGUAUAUUGUUUAUCAGUUGUUUUGCUCCAUGUCUUCAUACUGUUGUCCAAAAUGUUGCGGCAGUGUAGGGUAACCAAAUUAUAUGUACCAUUAAUAUCUAUCUCAUUUUGACCUCUGAUGCAGUAACACAACUUUGUAGAGAAUUGGAUCUGCUAGUAGUGGGCCAGUGGCAGACAAUUACACUGUGUGUAUUAUAUUAAAUACUGUUUACUUGGUGAAACAGAAGGCACUUAUUGUUAAUCGUAUGAUGUAAUGAGGUGUAAUCAUUCCAAGUAUAAAUGUUUACAAAUACACGAAUUUAGUUUAAAAAGUAUGAGGUUUAGAUCAUGUCAUUAUUUCCUCACUAUUCCCCUUGAUAUUAUAUUGUAACUAUAC